AUGGUCUCCACCGUCCACAGCCUCAUGCAUCCCAUGCGCCACCACAAGGAGAAGCAGCAGUCGCACCGCUCGUCGUCGGGCCCCUUGCACGACCGCAGCGACUCGGCCCUCGACCGCCCGCGCGAGGAAGAGAAGCACAUUCUGGCCCAGUGGGAGGACCAGCAGGGCACUAUGACCAUGGACGACGUGGACAAGGACCCCUCGCAGAAGAGGGUGGGCCAUUCAUCCAAGGUGCUGCGCGAAGAGGACUUUGAGCUGAUCAAGACGCUGGGGACGGGUACUUUUGCGCGCGUCUGGCUGGUGCGUCUCAAGGAUGCGCAAAACGGCGAUGAGAACAAGGUGUUUGCGCUGAAGAUCCUGCGCAAGGUCGACGUGAUUCGCCUGAAGCAAGUCGAACAUGUCCGCAACGAGCGCAACGUGCUCGCCAAGGUUGCAGGCCAUCCAUUCAUCACGACCAUGGUUGCCAGCUUCCAGUCCCUCGACUCGCUCUACAUGGUGCUCGACUACUGCCCUGGUGGCGAAGUUUUUAGCUACCUCCGUCGAGCGCGCCGCUUCAACGAAGCCACCUCACAAUUCUACGCCGCCGAAAUCGUCCUUAUCCUUGAGUUUCUACAUGAAAGAGAAGGCGUGGCGUAUCGGGACCUGAAGCCCGAGAACAUACUCAUCGACGCGGAGGGGCAUCUCAAGCUGGUGGACUUUGGCUUUGCAAAGAAAGUAGAGAAUAGGGAGACCUACACGCUUUGCGGCACACCCGAGUACCUAGCCCCCGAAGUGAUUAGAAACACAGGCCACGGCACCGCAGUAGACUGGUGGGCAUUCGGCAUCCUCGUCUACGAAUUCCUCGUCGGCCAACCCCCCUUCUGGGACCAAAACCCCAUGAAAAUCUACGAACAAAUCGUAGAAGGCCGCCUCCGCUUCCCCUCCGCCAUGUCCCCCACAGCCCGCGACCUCAUCUCGGGCCUCUGCACAGUCGACACAUCAAAGCGCCUCGGCAACAUCUCGGGCGGCGCGCAACGCGUAAAGUCGCACCCGUGGUUCCAGGACACGGACUGGGACCGCAUGUAUAGGAGGGAGAUUAAUGGGCCCAUUGUGCCGCAUCUUAGGGGGCCGGCUGAUACGAGGAAUUUCGAUGAGUAUGAGCCUGAGAGUGAGGGGAGGGAGCCGUAUACGAAGGAGUUGAGCGAUAAGUGGGAUGGGAGUUUUGCGGACUUUUAG